AUGCUGCAGUGGUGUGUGGUGACAUUGCUUUUAGUUUGUAGGUUGGGUCACCCAACCAGACGUGGCGAGUCCGCCAGGAUGAAAACUGUGCUACAGGAGCUUGGUUUGAGUGUGGAAGAAAUGGAACACCCUGCUACUCUAGAUGGAGGGGACGUCCUCUUCACAGGUAAAGAAUUCUUAGUGGGAUUAUCUGAGAGAACGAAUGAGCAAGGAGUACACAUCUUAGCGGAAACGUUCGGUGACUAUCCUGUGACAGCCAUUUCAGUUUCGAAUCACCUGCAUCUCAAAUCCUUGAUGUCAAUGGCUGGACCUGACACUGUCAUGGUUGGAGGAAGUAGUGAAGCAGACGACGUUUGGAAUGAAGUUGAGAAAAAAGCGAAGUUCAAGUAUGAAAAGCUUACUGUUCCUGAGGAUAAAGCCGCGAAUUGUCUGUUUGUUAAUGGAACACUGUUCCAUUUGACCUCAGCAGAAAUUCCAAGAAGUUAUGAAGUAUUCAAGAAACUUCCCACUCCAAAGAUUGAGGUGGAAAAUUCUGAACUGCAUAAAGUUGACGGCGGUUUAACUUGUUUGUCUAUAUUGAUCUGA